UGAACCAAGAACAAUGGAGUAAGCUAAAAAAAUAGAGAGAUUUAAUAAAAUCACUGAAAAAGAAAAGAUAAAAGAUAGAAAGUAAGUUAAAUAAAGAAAUAAAAGAUGGUACAAAAAUUUCUCGAGAAUGAUAAACAAUCAAAGUGCGGAAGAAAGCUUGGGGAGGUCUUUCUAAUAUUUUACACUGGCAGUGGCGGUGGUUAAUCAUCAAGAGCUCUCUUUUUUAUGCAAGCGUGUGCAGCAGGGUUCUCAGCUAAAAAGACGGAGAGUUGAACAAAAAGCCCAAAUUCGAUAAAAGUUGGGAGUGAAAAGCUCGAAUGGAGAGCGGGGCUGCUAAAAGUAGCACAUAAUCUGAAAUGGCUUUUUAUUGAGGGUGGUCAAUUUCUGAAGCUUUGUUAGAUUCUCUAAAGAUUGUUCGCUGGUUGUUUGAAAAUAAUUCUAAGAGAAAGGUAUUUACCUCUGGCUGCUUUUGGCAUUCUUGUCAAGGAGAGAUGGACAUGGGUGGCAAGGAUAAAUUUGAGCUAGAAAACAGGAAUGAGAAUCCUAUGAACUAUGCACCUAGUAUGUCAGACUGGCGAUAUGGCAGUGCCAAUCUCACAAAUAGAUCUACGGGUUUGGUUCCCAUGGGAAAUCUGAUGGCUGUUAGCAAAGGAGACCUUAUUGGAUCUUCUUCUUGUUCAUCUACUUCAAUAGUGGACUCAUUUGGUCAAAUCCUUUGGGACCAUAACUCCAACUCCGAAAACUUGGGAUUUUAUGACAUUACCGUCCAGAACAACGCAAGCACUUCCGAAAGGAUAGGAAAGACAAAAGCUGGCCCUGCCUCUUUAAGAAGUAUUGAUACAUCAUUUGAUAUGGGUUGGAAUCCAGCAAGUUCAAUGUUGAAAGGGGGUAUUUUCUUGCCUAAUGCAGCUGCCAUGCUCCCACAGAGCUUAUCUCAGUUCCCAGCAGAUUCUGCGUUCAUUGAGCGUGCUGCUAGAUUUUCAUGCUUCAACGGUGGUAAUUUUAGUGGUAUGGCGAGCCCUUAUGGGAUUCCUGAAUCAAUGGGUCUGUAUUCUAGGGGUGAGGGGCUCAUGCAGGGGACGCAAGAGGCUUUUGCUGGCAUUGGUUUGAAAUCAGUUUCUGGUGGGCAGUCUCAAAAGAAGGAGCAGAAUGUGGGUGACGCUUCCAAAGAUGUUCCUUUGUCUAUUGAACAUGGGGAUACUGAAGGGAGCCUAGAAAAGGAUGAGAGAAAAAGUGAGAGCCUUUUGAGAUCUCAUGAUGAAGCAAAACAAGGCAUUGGUCAGUCUGGUAAUGAUUCUGAUGAAGCUGAGUUUAGCGGUGCCGGUGGUCAAGAUGAGCCAUCGGUUUUGGAGGGUACAGUUGGGGAACCUUUUGCUAAGGGACUUGACUCAAAGAAAAGGAAAAGAAGUGUGCCGGAUACUAAACUUGAUCUAGCCAAUGGUGUUCCACAACAAUCUUGUGAAUCUGCAAAGGAUGACGCAGAAAUUCAACAAAAGGGAGACCAAAACCCAACUUCAACUACUAGCAAGAGCUCUGGGAAACAUGGUAAACAGGGUUCUCAACCUUCAGAUCUACCAAAAGAAGAAUAUAUUCAUGUCAGAGCUCGAAGGGGCCAGGCAACAAAUAGCCAUAGUCUUGCAGAAAGAGUAAGAAGAGAAAAGAUCAGUGAAAGGAUGAAGUUUCUUCAAGACCUCGUACCUGGUUGCAGUAAGGUCACUGGUAAAGCGGUGAUGCUGGACGAAAUCAUUAACUAUGUACAAUCACUGCAACGACAGGUUGAGUUUUUGUCAAUGAAACUUGCUACUGUGAAUCCACGGCUAGAUUUUAAUAUCGAAGGGCUCCUGGGAAAAAAUAUCCUUCAGUCAAGAGCAGGUACUCCAUCUGCACAAGGAUUUUCACCUGAUAUGCCUGUGGCUUGUCCUCUACUACUUCCUUCUCAACAAAGACUUAUUCAAGCUGGUCUUCCUGGCAUGGGAAGCUCAUCUGAUUUGCUUCGAAGAACCAAUGAUACACAGCUGACACCCAUGGCUGGAGGAUUCAAGGAACCUACACAGCUACCUAAUGUCUGGGAGGAUGAGCUCCACAAUGUUGUCCAGAUGAGCUAUGGAACCAAUGCUCCCCUCAGUAGCCAAGAUGCAGAUGGCUCUCUGCCACACAGCCAUAUGAAAGUUGAACCUUGAUUACUGUUUUUGGGAUUUAUGCCAUAGUACCAUUACGGCCUGGUAUAUGCCUGCGCUGCUUUUUAGUACCUCAAGGAAACAACAAAGGUUUCCUCUUCCAUUAUUAAAGAUUUAACAUCAACAUAUUUGCUUCAAGUUCUGUGUUAAAGUGAGAUGCUACUAGCCUGGUGUAGAAAGUUUGAAGGGCCCCUCUCAGGACCCAGAGAAGGGAUUUUCUCUAGGUUUCCAGAUUCACUGAGAUAUGAUCAACAACAACAGCAGCCACAGUUGUUUCUUUUUUGAAGUGUUAAAUGGAAUCUAUAUUUACAAGAGCAGGUUUGGCUCCCGACUAUAAGGAUGUUUGUGGAUGAAGGAUGUACAAUCAAAAAACUUAGGGAACAGACCUAGAGGGAAGCUCAUAUAUAGGCUUUUCUUCUGGUUAUGAAAUUGGCUAGGUGCAUUUUGUUGGAAGAUUGCGAGGGAAAAACAUGGUGAUGUUUUCUCCUCUUUAGUUAGAAGCUGUUUGUUUUAAUCAUGUGCUAACAGAUGUAAUUUUUUUUUGUCCCUUCUAAUUCCAUUCUUUCACCGACUCCGUGGUAGAUUUGGAGUAAAGAAAACGUGCCAUUUCUGUGAUGAUCACGGCAGUACUUUUGAAGCCUUCUGCCAACUCAUCGCACCCUCUUAAUAUUUUGUCUCAUGUAACUGAAAUUGGAAAGCAAAUCAGAAUUGCACCCUUGGAUCGCUUUA